AUGGCUGACCCGUUUAGAUCGAGAGAAGGAUUAAGCACGAGGUCGGCAGCGUAUGGUGGCAGCUCGGACGAGGUUCAGGUGCGGAUCGAUCCGGAUUUCGAUGAGGAGGUCACCGGUCUUCGAAAGCACGUCCGACGGCUACGUGAUGUAGCUCAAGAAAUUGAGACAGAAGCAAAGUAUCAAAAUGAUUUCCUCAAUCAGCUGCAAAUGACAUUGAUCAAAGCUCAGGCAGGAGUGAAAAACAACAUGAGGAGACUGAACAAGAGUAUCAUCUGGGAAGGCUCUAGCCAUGUCAUGCACAUUGUGCUUUUCGGGCUGCUGUUGUUCUUUGUCGUGUACUUGUGGUCCAAAUUUGCCAAAUGA